GAACACAUAUUAUAAGGCUCAAAGCACACAAACGGCGGCCCUCGAACACGAAGUGCUAAGCUUACGCUAUAUGCUGAAAGAGUCGAUACCUCCGUAAGAACUCGUCUACUGGAAUGCUGCUUCAGUGCCUUGACAAAUCUGCGCGGUGUCGUGAGCUUGCCUAGGGGCAAAUGCUUCACUGCGAGGGUCUGCCCAUCCGCGGCGUCUUCUCGGCUUCCCGAAAUGACUUUGCCGAGCUCUAUCACGACGUCACCACAUGGUCUUGUGGCGGGCUUGCAGCCCAGCAGUGAGCGCAGCCGGGCCGCCGCCUUGAGCUCCGCCUGCACCUCCGCCGGCGCUGCCAUGGCACCGGUAACCUUUGGAGCUCCCUGCUGGCGAGGAAGCGCUGGUGGAAGCGGCAGCACCGUCGCGGCCAGCAGCUGCCGCGGCGGCUCGGCUCGGCCUGCCGCCGCCCGCUGGACGGAGUUACACCUGGUCAGCCAGCAUGCACCGCAUGCAGCGCACCAGCAGCUGCCGCAACCUUCUACCGCUGACUUGGUCAAUGCCGCUGACCCGCAUCAGCAGCAACGGCAGGAGCAACCGGACCGGCAGCGGCAAAAGCAUCAGCAACAGCAGGAUUUCGAGUUCCCGCAGCGCAAACCCCCAACGAUGGCCGGCGCUCCGCAUCCGCACCCGCAGACGCUGCCCUACGGCCGCCGUUCGUUUGACACUGCGGUGUACUCCAGCCAGCAGCAGCUGCGCGCACGGGCCGGCGGCAGCAGCACCUGCGGCGCUUAUCCCGCUGCAGCGGCCACGGGCGGCGCUUUCCCUGAUUAUACAGCUGCGCUUGAGGCCCGUCACACGUUCGCGCACGGAGCGGGGCGGCGGGAGGGCGCCGGCGACCGGGAGUGGGGGCAGGGCCACUCGCAGCAGCUGCGCGGCGGCACCAGCUGCCAGCUGCCCGAGGCGGUGGCGGCGCUGCUGCGUCAGCUAAUGGACCUUGAGGCACCCGCCGCCGGCGCUGCCGCCGCCGGCGCCGGCGGCGGCGGCAAUGUUUCCAAUGGGAGCUCCGCUGCGUCCGACGCAGGCGGCGGCCUGUCGCGCGGCGGCCCUGCGGCGGCGAGCACGGGCAACUGCAGCUGCGGAACCGACAUCAGCGCGGAAAUGACAUGUACCACCACCCCAACCACCACAAGUAGCAGCAGGGCCAACAGCGCCAUGGUUGGCGUGUGCUCCGGCGUGUUGGGCAGCUGCGCCAGCGGCAGCAGCGGCGUCCUGAACACCGUGGAAGCGUUGUACCGCGGCCCUGCAACAAGCAGCAGCGGCACCGGCAGUGCGGCGGCGGACUCUUAUCCCCAGGACGCCCCACCCGCCUGCCCGGUGUGCGCGCGGGCGGCCGGCGACGUGCCCACGGCAACCACCGCCACCACCACCACCGCCACCGCCAUCGCCAACACCACUACGGGCAUGUCGGCUGUGGCCACGUGCCCCACCUCCCACGCCUACCGCCUGUUUGGCCGCGCGGGGGAUCAGGUGCUCCACCUGCGCCUGCCCGGCGCGUCGCCGGCGGUGCUCGCCGCGGCGGCGGCGCUGUCCGCAGAGAGCUGGCGCUGGGUGCAGGCGCGGCUGCCGCUUGGCGCGGAGGCUGCGCUGCCUGCGGCUGCUGCCGCCGCCGCUGCGUCAGGCUUCGCGCAUCAGCAGCAGGGGCAGGGGCUGCAGCGGCGGCGGCAGCCGGCGCUGCUUGUGGCGACGACGCUGGCAGACGGCUGCGAGGAGGAGGGCGGCGGCGGCGGCGGCGGCGCGGGCAUGGACGCCGCUGUGAUGAGCUUUACCGCCGCCACCCUCGCCAUGGACGCGCCGGAGACUGCACCAGUGGCGGCAAUGUCGCCGUGGGCUCCGCCUCCGCUGACGCUGACGCUGGCGCGGCCGCCGCUGGCGGCGUUUCCGCUGAACGCGUCGGAGGAGGCGGGACCGGGCCCCAGCGUCGGUGUCGACGUCACCGCGUUCCACGUCUACGCCUCCGAGGACGGGCUGCAAGUCUUGCUGCUGCUUGUGGUGGAGCGCCCGCUGUUGAUGCCGAUGCGCGUGUCGCCUCGACGGCUGGAGCAGCCGCGGUCGGCGACCCUCCCCGUGCGGUCGGGCGCAGCGGCGGUGGUGGCAGGCACGGCGACCCGGUCGUGGGGCCGCCUGCGGCACCAGGUUGUGCCGGCGGUGCUGCGGCCCUCGGACGCGGGUAUGACCACCGGCUCCGGCUCCUCCUCCUUCGCUUCUCUGGAGGCGGUCGGCGCGUCCGCCGCCGCGUCUGGCGGCGCGGCUGGCGGCGCGGCUGGAAUGCGGCACCCUCUUCCUCUGCCGCCACCGCCACCGCUGCCGCUGCCGCCAGCCAGCCAUGUGGGUUCUGUGCCGCCGCGCGGCCGCGUCCCGCUCAACAGCGGCGCUUGCACCGUGUGGGUGGAGGACGGGAUUCGGCGCGUCCCGGCGGCAGCGGCCGCAGUGGCGUUGGUGGCCGCAGACCAUUUGUCAGUAGGCGCCCCCGCCGCAGCCUGGGGCGCAGACCUGCUGGCAGCCCGCAGGACGGGCACGCUGGCACGCGUCGAAGCUGGGGCCGAGGUGGGGGAGCCGCCGGCGACUCCCAUCGUGGGCGCUCCCCGCCACAGGCAUCUGCCCGACAGCGCCGAGAAGGACGACCUACGCGCAGCCCCUGCAUGCUCGGGCCUCAAAACGGUCGCUUCAGACAUCCAGCUGUCACGGCCGGCUCCUGGCACGCACGGCAGCUGGCAGCCGCCCGCCCCCGACUGUGAGGCGCACGUGCUCAUGACGGUCACGGCCCCCAACUACCCAGUAGUAAGAACGUCGGACGUGGCAGCGGCGGCGUCCAUGAAGCCGUCAGAGCAACAGGCAAAGGGGCUUCAGCAGCAGAGGGUUGAGCCGACGGAGGGCUCGCCCGGCGGCCCCAACACAGGGCGCGGCGCGCACAGCAGCGGCGGCCGUAAGCAUCGCGCCGAUAGCAGCCGCUCCGCCGCGUUCGCAGGAGCUGCCGUUACCCCUGCCGGCGUCGCCGCCACUGUCGCUGGCCCCUCGGCGCACAAAGGCAGUGACGGAGCAGGCACAAGCAGAGCUGUGGCGGAGGCCGUGACCGUCAUUCCCUGGGCGGCCUUCGUGUCUGGCGAUGUCGCAUCCAGCGCGGCGCCGCACCUUCUGGCUGUGCCGCCCUCUCCCUUCUCCCCCCAUCGCUCCACCUCCUCCUCCUCCUCUAGCUACAGCACCACAAGCCGUGGCAGCGCCGCUUCAGCCAUCGCAUCCGCAUCGGCGGCGGUGGCUUCGCCAUUCCUUCGCUCCUUCUCCUCGACGUCGCCGCCUGCGAGCGCCGCGCAGCUGCGCCGCCGCCACCGCGGGGAGCAUCGGCCGCGGGAGCGGGCACCCGAGCAGGAGGGAGGCGAGGGCGAGCGCGAGCUGCGCACGCUCUACCCGACCCUCUUUCCCCCGUCCAUGUCGCCGCCGGCGAUGCCUUCCAGCGCCUUCACGUCUGAGGAACUCUUCAUGCUGUCCAUGCCCUCACACGCAUCAGGCGCCCUCUCCAGCUUCAGCGGCCAGGGUCGCUUCAACAACAGCAGCAGCAGUGGCGGCGGCGACGGAGCUGCGCGCUUCUCAGCAGCCGCAUUCGCAACGGCCGCUGAUGCGGCGGUGGCGGCAGCGGCGGAGACGACCACCGGCUGGCUGCUUGCUGGUCAGCCGGUGUCCUUCCCCUAUGCCGCGUCGCCCUCGUCGCCCUCCAGCUCCGCUUCGUCCUCCACCUCCUCCUCUUCGCCUUCUUCACCCCUGUCCUCGUCGGGCAGCAGCUCCGAUGGGUACGAGCCGGAGUGUGGGGACGCGCCACAGGCGGCGGGGCACCGUGCGGCUGCGGCGGCACAGGCGGCGUCAGGCAGCGCCGUGCCGCCUCAGUCGCGCCAGCCAGUCAACGGCGAGGGCGCACGCCGCACCGGGGCGCCCGAUGGCCAUCGCCCAGCAACGGAGCUUGCGGUUGGUGCGCGGGCUAUCCCGGGCGCUGGGAUGGGGUCGCGGGCGGCCGCCCGUAACUCGCAUCCCGAUGGCGGUCUGCUCGCCGCAGCAUCCCCUAUCAGCCCGGCAGCCGGGGUCGGGCUGGGCGGUAUGAGCGCUGAUUCAGGAGGCGUGGGGCUGCUUGUAUCCCCGGCAAGCCGCCGCGCGGCGGUCAAUGCGGCGGAUGCGGCGCGCAUGGCCCGUGUGCGCGCUGGGUGGCGGGUCCGCGAGGCGGAGUGGAGUGAGCGCGAAGCCGCGUGGCGUGUGACCGAGUCGCGCUGGUGGCAGCAGGCCGGCGGUGGGGGCCUGUGGGGUUGAGACAGGUGGCAUGCGGUGUGGGCGUGCACCUAAAGGUAUAUAAGCGUGAUUGCAGCAGCUGCUUGAUUGCGUUUGGUUGCGCGUAUUUAACGCUUGAAGAGCUGCUAUUGGUAAGAGCGUGCGCAUAUGUGCGCGAGGCAGUUCCCGGACUCAAGUGUGGAUGGAAGACACAAAUAGUUUGAAGAAAGCAAUUUAUGGGACCGGAUGUCAAUCAUGAACGGUUGCAGCGGCUCACAAUUCCUUGCUGGUUCGUGCAAGGCCACGGGACCUCGGGCCUAGUUUCAAGGGUUGAUCUUGCGACGGUUUCACGCGCAGGGCAGCGUGUCCUUCCAUGUCACUUUUGAGGUUGAAUACCUUUAAGGAGCUAUGCUUGCAGGCUUCAAGGCCCAGCACACUUGAAGCCUGCAGCUGUUUGCUGUGCACGCGCGGGUGUUGUGAUGUUUAACCGGGUUGCAGUAGGUCGCGGUGUGUAGCUUAACUAUUCGUGGCAGCGAGACAGUCGCUACCCAGUGAACUGCACGUGCUCGAGCGCAAGGGUCACUGUUAUUGGCGACCUUGUUGGGGAUGUUGAGUUGGCAGCGUGUGUUGCGGGCGACGAGUGACGAAGACUCGACAUUCUUUGCUGCGGAUCAAGCUUACGGGCUACAUAGCCUCUCAGUAAGCUUGCAUCCCUUUCGCCUGCAAAGUAAUAAGUGUUGCGUGCACGCGGUGGCGGUGCUUUGCGAGCCCACUUGUUAUGCCAAGAGGUGAGCACGCUGCCACAGCGUGUGGGUUGUGACAUUUCCCGCAUGGUCGGGGGUGUUUGACGCAAGCGUCUGGAUUCCGGCGGUUGGCACGAUAAAGGUCGCCUGGUGCGCUGUUGCUGCGGCUGUGGCUGUUGAGGUUUUAGUCGUUGUGAAGAUGCGUGUGUUUGUUGAGGCCACGCGUAGAUCUUUUGUUGGCGAUAAGAUUGGUUGCGUUCAUGUGCGGGGCCAAGCGGCAGCAGAGUGCGGCCGGGGUAUGCUGUGCGUACGGUACACUGCAGGGAGCGGAGGGAAGGCAGGCAAGGCCACGUGGAGGAGGAGAGCGCAAAAGCACCCUAUGACACAAAUCUGUCGUGCUGGCUGAGGCCGGCUGUGCACGGAGGGGGGGGGGGGGGGGGUAGAGGGCCCCGCAAACUCCGAGACCAGGAGAAGAUGAAAGGGCGCGGACAUGUAAGGGAAGUGGUGUAGGGCCCAGUACCACAAGUGGGAAGGUAGGGGAGGGGAUGGGCGGGCUGUGUCAGGCGUGGGCGCCAGGAGCAUGGAUGCUAACUUACAAAGACGGGACAGUCCGACCACAGGGCCACUUAUGAUGCGUGGCGCAACCCUUUAAAUGGUUGUGUCUGCCUGACGUGGCAGUGCCCAAGUUUUAGAGGUGAGGCGUCCACGGCUGGGCGUUUUUACAGUAGGCCCCCCUGGGCCAUACACUGACACAAUGAGUUAGUUGUUGACGCGCCACCCCUACGGCCAAUUGUUCGUCAUGAGGACGUGGGCUAGUAGAAGCGACAGCGGGUAAAGCAAGUUGGCUGACAGGCGGUGUUGCUGGUGACGAGGUUGACUUUACGGCGGAUGCAAGAGCGUCCAGUGACCGGCACGGUGCCUCCUGCAUUGGACCAGUCACCCGGAACCCCGGGGGCUCCCACCAUGGCCUCGCGGGUUGUAAAGCAG